AUGCUGUUCGGAAUAGAAAGGUUUGCAUAUGUUCUACUACUUAUCACUGGUUUUGUUUCUGGUACACUCUAUAAUAGCCAGUAUGACGCCUGGCCUUUUCUUUCAGCCAAUAGAGCUAUUGCUCUGAGAACGCAGAGGGAUAUUUCCAAAAGCUCUCUCAUUACAUAUGAUGUGGUAACGGGUGUCAAUCUUACCACUGUAAUAUUCCAGUCUUUGGGAUACAACGACAGCUCCUUCACAGAUAUUACUGAUCUUUUGAAUGUCGGUAUACAGGCCCUAUCGUUGGAUCUCUAUUAUAACGAAUACACGAAAAAUUGGUCUCUCUGUCCUUACAAGGCCGUCAACUCCAACUCACUGGCAACUCAAUGUGGCAAUGCUUCUACAUUUAACUUGGCCUCAAUUGCAUCAAUUGUUGAUUCUUUUCUUCUAGACACGGAUUCCAUACUUAAUACAAACAUGUUCUAUGUUUUAUUGAACUUGAAUUCCAUGGUUGACCACGAGUCCUCUAAUUUAUCCGGCGUCCAUAGAUUGGGGAAGAUCUUCAAGAACAUAACGAACCUUAUUACUCCGGAGAUGAUCCACACUUCUAAGCUUCCGACUAUUGGCAAUCUACUCUUCACCGAGAAUAUAAGAUUGUCUGUUGUCAUUGUCGAGAACAAUAUGCCUGCCAAUACAAGCUACGAUCUUUCGUCCGACCUAGACACUGUUUUCAUUGCCAGUGAUUUAAUGGAGGCCAGUGAAUAUCAAGAUGUCCAAGGCAAUACGCUCAAUCCGCUACCAAUGUUAUACGAGCCGUUCGACUUACAAAACACAUAUAAUUCAUCAGACUCUAACCAAACAAAGUUUAGGUUUCUCUACGAAACCCCAGACAGUCAGUUCACAUUAUCGGAGUUUCAUACUAUCAUAUCAUCAGGAUACUCACAAAUAAUCUCUCGUUCUUUCUCGAAUCUCAGCGACAUAUCUGAUUUCUUAGAUAACUCGUUAUGGAGUUGGAGGUCCGGCCAGCCACCUUUUGUAGGGUCCAUAGAGGGUAACAACGGGGAAAUUAUCGAAGUUGGUAAGAACGCGGGGAGAUGUGCCGUGGUGACGAAACUUGGCUGGAAGGCCACUUCAUGUGCUCUGAAAUAUAGAUCAAUGUGCCAAAAUAGUAAUCAUGAUGCUGAGUAUGUUAUCACAGACGAUACAUCGAACUAUCGUUCGGCUGCUGAGAAAUGCUAUGAGCUAAAUGAGACAUAUGUGGUUGCUGUACCUUACACUGCUGGAGAACAGAGCAAAAUGACUGACAUGAUCAGUGGUGACGAUGACGGUGUAUGGAUUAAUAUCAACUCUAUUUCUAGUGCUAACUGCUGGGUACAAGGUGUGAACACUGUGUGUCCGUACCAGAAAACCAUCUCUAAAAGGAUUUUCAUCAAAAUGAUUACGCCGGGAUCGGUGGUAUCUUUCGUUUUGGUGUUGCUACUUAUUGCUUUCCAGUUCAACAGAGUUCCAGUUCACAAGAAUAGACGACAUUGGAGAAGGUUGAUGAACGACCGAUUAGCUGGAGAGUUUGAAGGUGUAGCAUCUUGA